AUGGCUGUGAGGAGCUGGCUGCGCGAUCUUGCCGACGAGGUCAGCGAGUGGUUAGUGUGGCUGGAUCAAAAGAUAGAUAAGCUGGGUCUCAAGCCGAACGUUCAAGCGCAGGUGGAUUUCCUGCUGGAGCACCAGGGCUGGUAUACCCUGCUGUCCUGGCACCUCAUCCUGAUGGUGGUUAUCUUUCUGCUGGUCUAUGGCUGGGUGUCGUCGUGCUCCUAUGUCUCGGCGGCCGAGCUGCGCGCCCGCAGGAUGCGGAAGCUUCGCCGGGAGGAGGCCGCCAGCGCCCGCAGGAGGCGGAGGGCCCAACGGGAGUCCACGCCUGCGCCGCCUCAGGCGACCGCCUCCCACCUGGCCGUGCCCAAGAGCCCCCGGGGGGAAGAGAAGAGGCCCGGCAAGAAGCAGUCCAACCUCAGAGACUCGCACAGAGAGAGACAUCCUCGUGGGAGGCCGCUGCCAACCAGUAACGCACCACACGUGGCCCGCCCAGCGAUCAAACCUGAAACCCACGUAAGUGCCCCGACUGGAUAUCGAAGCAGAGACCCUUUGAUGCACAGGAUGGCGCUCCACCGACGGGAUGACUCCGAGGAUCUAGAAACCUUUUACAUUUGGAUUAAGCCAAAUGGGCAAGCUGCCGAAGUGUCUGACAUGAAAGUUUCCCGAUUUCCUCGAAGUGAAACAGCAACGCAACCAUUAGGGAUAAACAAGAGAAACGAAGGGCCGAGGAAACCAGUGUGUGAGGCUACAGCAAUGCACACUUGUUUCUGCGAAAGUGGGAAGAACGGUAUGCCAUGGUGGGUGAGGCUUGAGGAAGGAUCCUUAAGGCUGCGUAAACCUCCGAAGAUGUAG